AGAAAAGAGAAGAGAAGAAAAGGAAAGAACAACUCUUUGGCAAGAGGGAGAAGAAGGAUGGGAUAGAAACAGCAAAGGGAAAAACAGAACUUCUACUUGAGGAGAUGGACUGAAGUGAGCCAGAGACACAGAAAUGACAAAACAGUGGAUGGACAUGGGCAGAGAGCGUCUCACCCGGGGAUUGCUGCUGCGUUUGGGUGUUCUGCUCACUGCUGUGUGUGUGUGCGUUCAUGUUUACCUGGAGACAAGUUGGCGGGGAGCACCUACUCCCAUGGGACAUCCCACCCAGUCUAGUCAGAACUGGGGCCAACAAAGCAGAACCAAACUAGAAGCAGAGGAGCAGGACAGAAGCAUUAAAAGGAGAAUAUCUUAUGUUCGAACACUAAAGAAGGACAGCCAAGCUAGGAAGAGGGACGAAGACAGAGAGGAGCCCUCACCACCGUGCUGCGCACCUCUCCGCCCGCACAGAAAGAGUCCUCGGUGGCAUAUAGACUUGGAGCCCUGGGCCGGUGAGAGUCAUACUCUGGAGGAAGAAGCUAAAAGGUUCCUCGACUACAUCACAACACCCCAAGUGUCGUGUGCAUCGUUGACCGGUGAGAAAGCUGCUCAGGAGGGGACCAAAGCUGCCUGGGCUGCAUGUCUGGACCCCAAGUACAGCCUGACCCACAGGAUACAAGGCAAACACUGCAGGGUGUACUCUUUUGGGUUGGGUGUAGAUGAUCGGUCCCUGGAGCGAUCUCUCGCACGGGCAGGAUGUGAGGUCCACUGCUUUGAUCCCAGUCUGAAGCAGCCUCACCUGCAGCAGGCUGAAAUGUGGCUUCAUCGGCUCUCUGUAGACUGGAGGGAUCCUAACCCGGCCAUUGUCGCCCAGCGUCAGUACGCCAACACCAAGAAACUGGCCACCAUCCUUAAUGACUUUGGACACAGACAGGUGGAUGUACUGAAGGCAGAUAUGGAGAGCGCAGAGUGGAAGAUUUUGGAGAAUUUGGUGCUGGAAGGAGUUCUGGACUCAGUGGGUCAGCUGUUGUUGGAGCUUCACCUUCACUGGGCGGGCUUUGAGGUGGGCGGUGAUGACCCGUCCGUGGUGCGGUACUGGUUCAGCCUGCUCAAGGAACUCGAGCACGCAAACUUCCGCCUCUUUCACGUCAACAGCGACCCAGCCAAACCUCACCUCUUUCUGCAUAAGAAUGUCCUGAAUGCCAGCAGUGCUUACACCCUGAGCUGGGUGAACACGGAGUGGAAGCCUUGAGGGAAGCCAGACUGGAACAGCUUCUGAAUGGAAAUGUACAUGUUUGCUCAACAUGGAGUUUUAAAUCGGAGCACAAAUUCCUGUUAAAGCACGGCUGUUCCCCAACAGACUUCUCUUAUCUUGCCUGACCUUUUUGCCUCAAAGUCGAAAUUCGUGCUCACUUAUCCUCCUGCUCUUCCUCUCCUAGCCUGUAAUAACCUCAGCCGUGAAGAGGAGGCAGAGUGAACUGCCUCCAGAGGCUCUCUGUGUUCUACCUCAUAGUGGCAGAGUUGUUGGCUGCAGGUCAGCUUCUUGACUCAUCAUGACCCCCGUCUUCAUGAUCCUAACAGCCAGUGAUCCCCCCCCCGCCCCCUGCUAUUAGACGACCUUUCCAGGUUACAAUAUUCUCACUCAACAGAACAUGAGUUUAAGGAAGUGGAUACACGAUGUUAAACAGGGGCAAGUAGAUGAAAAAUCCUGCCUCGUUGUGACUAUUUAAUGGGGGGGCGGGGGCAUUGGAGCUGCAGAACGUUGCAGCGAGGUCUCUGGAUUUGUUCGGUGCGUUUGUUGGCUGUGUGGGCGAGUGUGUGGGAAUAAGACAAAAAGAAAAGAUGAACUCUAAUUGUUUUUUUUUUUUCCUAUAAUAAAAACAAUUGAGAUCCACACAAAGAAGCUUU